AUGGCGGCAACGGCGACGACGACCUGCCGUCCCCCCACCCCCGCCAUUAGUGGCGGAUUAAUCGCGAACCGUUACCGCCGCAUCCGCCUCGUCGGCCGCGGCUCGCAAGGAAACGUGUGGGAGUGCGAAGACGUAAUUACUAGUCUCCGAGUCGCGUGUAAGAGCUUCCCCCAUGGAAACACUUCUGUUUGCGACGCGCGCCUCGGCAUCUGCGCCGAGCUUUGCGGGUUGAAGCUGGUGUCGGGCCAUCCUAACAUAGUGCGGCUCGUCGAAUUUGCCGUAGACUCCUCCGAAGUCCACAUAAUCAUGGAGCUUGCCCCAGGCGGUGAUGAUUUACUAUCGGAGGUCAUGCGACGCGGUCCGCUCGCCGAGCCGCUCGCUGCUAACGUUUUCCGUCAACUCGCGUCGGCCGUCGCGUUCUGCCACGCCUGCGGCGUGAUGCAUCGAGACGUGAAACCAGACAACGUGCUGCUCGUGCGCGUCGACGAUUAUUCGCGACAGCGCCCGCCGUCCGCUAGCCCGUCCGAUGCCGCGCGUAGACAGCGCCCGCCGUCCGCCCCGCCGCCGCCGCCUCUAUCUCUUCCGCCGCGUGACUGUCACAACCGCCGCAACGCGCUCCUCGCGACAGCGCCAGCUGCGCAGCAGAGUCCGCCUUCCCCCCCCUCUCCGCCGCCGCCUCUGACGCUUCCGCCUGCGCAACACUCUUCUAACGUCGCUUUUAGCAGCUGCUUCGAUAAACGCAUAAUCUCAACACGGCUUGGCGUUACGACUGGAGGAGAGGGCCCCGUUUGUUGUAGCGAGGCGAGCUUUAGCGGUCGUGUGGCGAAUCGUGAACCGUUUAGCAAGAUGGAUGAAAACAGCAGCAGCUCAAUCACCAGUGGCAGCACGAGCAGCAACAGCAGUAGCAGCAGCAGCAGCAGCAGCAGCAGCAGCAGCAGCAGCAGCAGCACGAGCAGCAGCAGCAGCGGCGGCAGCAGCAGCGGCGGCAGCAGUAGCAGCGGCGGCAGUGAUGUUCGCACGCAGCCUCAUAGACGGGAUAUCAAAAGCAUCUUCUCCAGGAGCUUCCCUGCUUCCUCCAAUAAAGGCACGUCUCUCACGCUCCUCCCCGCAAACCACUCCGACCCCGCACGCAAUCCGGCCUACUAUUCUGCCCCGUUUCAGACCGCCUCCGCCCCGCCGGUUCCCACUUCCCCCGCUUCCCCCACUCCCCUCGCUGCCCCGAUUUCCCCCGACCGCGGAAUCGUUGGGGUGAAACUAGCCGAUUUCGGCGCAUCGAUUGCAGUCAAGGGCGGGCUAUCAGGGCGGGUUAGAGACCGCGGCGCUGGCACGAGGGGGUAUAAAGCGCCGGAAAUGGGCGGGAAAAGCGGAUAUGACAUGAAAGCUGAUGUGUACAGCAUGGGGAUCACGCUGUGCGCGAUGCUGACGGGUCACAUUCUUGACACACCAUUGGUGGACUUCUGCUCGCCCAUCUGGAAGGGCGUGUCUGCUGAUGCAAGGGAUCUCAUCCGUCGGAUGCUUGAGGACGACCCAGAUCAACGGCUGAGCUCGUUCGAGGUUCUUGAGCAUCGGUGGCUGAAUCAAAGCGAGGUCCGGAAUCUGGACAUUGCAACUAGGUGCCCUUCGUUAUUAGCAUCUCUGCUACCAUCACCUUCGCCGCCAUCCCCACCCUCCCCCGAAGUGGCAGCAACCGUCGCAACAGUCACAGAUGCAGCCGUAUCAGCAAACUCCCUGGCUGUACCAGCAGACUCUCUGGCUGUACCAGCAGAAUCUCCAGCUGUACCAAUAAAUUCUCUGGCGUUUGCGUGGACGCCACGUGGCAGCUCGUCGUUUUCGUUUUCGUCGCCGCCUGGUGCAGGGGGUGUGUCGACGCGGCAAAGAGGGAUUUCGGUUUGCACGAGCUGUGCUUCAAUAAGCUGCGCCUGA